UUACAAACAAGUUCGAAAAACCGGUGGCAUGCGCUGAAAUUUUUAAUAUUUUAUUUUUCUUCUCAUUUAAAAAUAAUUAUCAAAGUCUUGGCGAAUUCUCUGAACUUCUUUCAUCCGUUUUCAGCGCAAAUGUCACAUCUUGGCAAUCAAAAUGUGUACUUAUUUCUUAACGGAGCUACUCUGACCUCAACUUAGGAGGUGCAUCAGCACAAGAAUGAAACUUUUUGAUCGAACUCAAAGUUAGAAGUAUUCCAUCAAUUUGGCACUCAAGUCAGUAUGGAAGAGAACGCAAUUGACAAAAGAGGUUUCAGUAGGCGCUUAUUUUGUGUGGAAUAUCCUGGCAUUGUCAAAAAUGAAGAUAAGAUGAUAGAAACCCUGGGAGGACUAACUGGCAUUUCUCGAGUGGUCUCAGAGCCAGGGCUUAAACUAGGAUUGAAAUUCCGACCAGAGGAUCGAUUUUGCAAGUCAGUAUUUGGACAUCCGGUAGACUCCAGAGGAUUAUUGUUGAAAAUUAAAAUCAGGAAGAAAAAAAGCAGUAAUUCAACUGAAGAUACCAAGCCGGUUUUGGUGAGCACUGAAAUUGUGGGGUGUGUUGAGAAAUCUUUUGUUUAUGAUACUUUGUGUGAUUUUCAAUACCUACCUGUGGCAAAAAAAGAAGGUGGAAAAAAUGAAAGCAUCCACAAUGCAGUAAUUCCAACAUCAAUGAUCACGAAGGACUGGCUGAACGAACCUGCGCCAAUUUUUUUGAUGCCUUCAUAUUUCUCCAGAGUAGACGUUCCUUUUAAUUACCUGUUCCGCACUGAACCCAAAGAUGUCCUAAAUACAACAAAACUGAACUUGGUAGUCCGGAAUCGCAAGCGAAGGAUCGGAAGAGCAGCGUGUGGUUCAUUCCAAGCAGACACAGUCCCUCAAAAACCUACAUCUGUUGCUUUGAAAUCAUAUUUUCCAUCGAUGGAGCCUGAUAUCCAAGCUCUGAAAAAAAUUUUUGAGGACCGUCCAAUUUGGAGCCGAGGUGCCAUUAUGCAGACAACUCAGUUUAAUGAGAACACAAUGAAAAGAAUCAUUCAUUAUGUUGCUUACUUCUAUUGUGACGGGCCCUGGCGUUGUACCUGGGUUCGAUUCGGCUAUGAUCCAAAAAAAGACUCCAGUAAUAGAAUUUACCAAAUAUUAACCUACAGAUCGGUUAGGACAGGUUUGGAUAACAAAAUUGAAGCCUACAGAGAUCAGAAACAUCACCAUAUCCCAUUAAAACGCUCCAAAAAUGUAACUCAGAAAAAGGAAAAGCAACUAGAUUUUAUCUUCAAACCUGGAACUGUUCCUCCAAUGAGAUUUGUAUACUAUCAGAUUUGCGACAUUCACUUACCAGAAGUUAUAGCGAUGUUAGAUCGUUUGCCUGCUCCAACACCUAAUGACGAUUGUGAUGAUAAAAAUGGUUUUUUUCCUCCUGGCUUUAUCGAUCAAGUCCGAGAGAUUAUGAAAAAGUAUGUAAUGCAGGAACUCAGUGCAAUUGGUGAAGGUGCAUCUUCUAGUCAGUUUAGUGCAGAAGCAUCUACGUCUCAAUCUUUUGACGAUUUCCCUGACAAUCCAGGAGAGGGCGACUCAAGUGAAGACGAAGAUAUGGUUGAUCAAUAUUUUGAGUGAUUACAAAGUUCAGCAUAAGUAUAUUUUUAUAAGUCAUUUUGUAUAUUUUUUGUAAAAGAAUAAGUUUUAUUUUUAAAAAAAAAUCGGGCCUUUUCUCCUGUUUGAUUUUGUCAGAAAUGAACCAAACCCAUUCUCUGAAACCCAAGAUAAUCUAGAAAAUAGGUAGUACAAGGAAAGCAAGAUGAACCGUUUAAAUUGGCUUAAGUUUGGGGAACAAAAUGUUUAUUCAAAGUUUUGAUAGCUCUUUUCAUUCAGGCAGUUCAACCUGUUGCAGAAGGUGGACAAGGGAGCCACAAGAUGUAAAAAAUAAUUAAUUUUUUCCUUCCACAAGACUUGGCAACAAUAUGAAAUUUUCUGUUCCAAGAUCCAAGUAUAAAAACAUACCAAGUAGUACAAAACGUUCUUAAGAAUCAAACUAGAAACUUGAUUUGUGAUAUAAUUAUUUUGUCCAUUCAAUAACUGAUGCAAAAAAUUAACACCAAGUUGAGAAUACUCUUAGCUUUUCAUUAAAUAAAAAGUUGCACUCUUUGAGGAAUAUGGCGUAUUAGGCAUAAUUGAGCAAAACUCAUCCAAAACUGCCAAGUCUUCAACCCAGAAACUAAUUGAAAACAAUCACCUUAAAUAGGCAAUUAUGUCCAAAACAUUUUUGGCUGAGAUAUGCAUGCCAAAAAAGCAGCAGUAUCUCGGUGAGGAAAUAAAAUCCUGAACCUGGUGCAAGCUUGUAUGAUUCUAUAACAUACGUCCUUCAACUCGGUCUUGAUGAGUGUUCAAGUAGCUUCGGAUUAUUAUCAUCUGAUCCUGUUCUUGAAAUUAUUCAUUUAUUUUCUUUAAAUAAAACUAUAUACCUAAUCAAAA